ACCCACAGCCUGCCAGCACAAAGAAAAACAGCAACAGGACGCAAAAAGCUCGUGGAUUGGAAUUUGGAAUUUGGAACAUUCCCGCUUCUCCAUGGGGUAGCCGCAGCGACACCGUGGAUUCCUUGGAUCAAAGCCUCACGAUGAAAUACAACCAGAGACCAGAGGGGAUCCCAUAUCAAUGACUUCUUGAGGACAUGUGGCAGUAAAGCGGCGAGAACCUGACCAUGGGUGACUGGAACCUCCUGGGCAGCAUCCUGGAAGAGGUCCAUAUUCAUUCCACCAUGGUGGGCAAGAUCUGGCUCACCAUUCUCUUCAUUUUCCGCAUGCUGAUCCUGGGGGCGGCGGCUGAGGACGUGUGGGACGACGAGCAGUCCGAGUUUGUCUGCAACACGGACCAGCCGGGCUGCAAGGCGGUCUGCUACGACCGAGCCUUUCCUAUCUCGCUCAUUCGUUUCUGGGUGUUGCAAGUCAUCUUCGUGUCUGCGCCCUCGCUGGUCUACAUGGGCCACGCCCUUUAUUGCAUUCGAGCUCUGGAAAAGGAGCGUCAUCGGAAGCGGAUACAGCUAAAGGAGGAGCUGGACGAGGCGGAACUGGCACUGGACGAGCACAAACGCAUGGAGAAGGAGCUGAGGAGGUUGGACGAGCAGAGGAAGGUGAAAAGAGCUCCUCUUAGAGGAUCCCUCUUGAGAACAUAUGUCAUCCAUAUCCUUACACGUUCCGUUCUGGAGGUGUUUUUCAUCCUGGGACAAUAUAUUCUCUACGGUGUCCAACUGGACCCGCUUUACAAAUGUGAGUGGAUGCCUUGCCCCAACAGUGUGGACUGCUACAUCUCCAGGCCGACGGAGAAAACCAUCUUCAUGGUCUUCAUGAUUGCCAUUGCUGGUGUCUCUCUUUUCCUCAACAUUCUGGAAAUAUCCCAUCUUGGUGUCCGGAAAAUCAAACAAAGCCUUUCCGGAGAAAGAUACACGGAAGUUGAUAGUUUGAUUUUCAAGUCCAAGAGGAAGAUCUCGCUAUCACACCAGUGUGUCAUGAGCCACGUGUCCCCCUACAAUGGACCCUUGACUCAGACCUUCCAAGUCAUACCAGAAGAAGACAUCAAGCCACCUCAUUACUCUGGCUUGAAAACCAACCAGGAGAUCCAAGGGAACGACGGCGCCGCUUUUGUGGGACACUCACGAACCGCCUACAGCUUCCCCCAACCCAGAACUCCAAACAAAUCCAUCCAGAACUGUGUCAACCCCCAAGUCCAGCAAGGUCCAGAGGUCCUCACGACAAUAGCGGACCACCAUCUUUGCUGGGAAUCUGUGGUGCCCAAUAUGGAGGCAAGUGUGUCGUGCCCCCAGGAGUAUACCCACCUGGGACAUUAUCAAGACACUCUUCUGUCCAACAGCGCCGUACCACCGUGUUCGACUGACCUCCCUGAAAAAGGGGAUCGCAAGGACUCGAUGGGGAGUCAGCUCCUCAUCCCCAAACCUAGAAAAACCAGCUUCAUGAUCAGACCUCCUUCUGAAAGCCUGUCAUCAAUAAGUGGUUCCACGAGUCCCUCUUUGCACUCCUCGGAAGAAUCAGAUGAACUGGGGUCGCUGCAGGGGGACAUGCCCAUGAUGCCCCCUCCUGGGGGGAGGAGAAUGUCAAUGAGCGUCUUCCUGGACAUCUCAUCCAUCAUGAAGAAGUGAGGCGACGCUGCCGAUGAGGAUGAAGACGUCCCAUCCCACGGGGAUGGAGGAAGGAAACCUCAGGGCUCCGACUGUGGACGAGAAGCACCUUCCACCUUCUGUGGCGUGCCGGGAAGCCGGCUGUGUGGCGAGCGUAGCGUAGCGUGGCGUGGCGAAAGGGCCGCUUGCUGUACGUGAGUGGAAUAAAUGACGGGAUGAAAAGUCAGCGGGAUUCUCAUGCCUUUUUUUUCUUUUUAUUUCUCAACCAAAAGAUUCAUAUCAAAGACAUAAAUGUGACAUGUCGUAGAACAUUUAGAAAAAAGAUGAGUGAUCUGCAGCUUGGAAAAAAGCCGAAGCGUAACGCUUGCGUCUGCAUUAACAGUCGUGUUGUUGGUUGGCGAAAAAACAAGCCCUCCGAAAUACGUCCAACAAUAUUAGCACGCUAAAAACAUCAGCAAAGUAUUUAUCGUACACUUCUUAGCCGUAGGGAGAGGUAUGUGGAAUUCUGCAGGUAGAUACGUUUCACGUCACUUCAACCAGGUUGAAAGAUUCCCGAAAGUCCCAAUCCCAAUCCCAGAUUCUUUGUAAACAAAUCACUUGAAUACUUAAGUUUCGUCUUUAGAAGGCAUUGCAAGUGUUAAUUUCCGGUCGGUAUCGAUCGUUGUGCUGAAUUCCGAGGUCUCACUGAUAUCAUAUUGACACAGCGCAUAACCGACUGGCGAAUCCUCACACUCAUGAGCAAGGCAGUUGCUGUCAU